AUGACAAUGCUGAGAACCUACGGGGGCGCUGAUACGUUUGUGUGGGGGUACGACGCUGCGAGGGACUUUGUUGAGCUUACAAAGCAUUCAUCACAAUCCUCGCCCCGACAAAUGUACAAGUUAACGGCCUCAAGCAUCCGAGAUUGCGUCACCCACAUCACCAGCCCGUCUUACGCAAGGAUGCAGCAAGUGUACCCACCCUUCCCCGACCCCAGCUCUGGCGCCAACGUCGCGCGCUGUCCAUGUUGA